AAAAAAAAGGAAACUCACAUUACGCUUGCAUGGAUUUCUUCAAAUUUGGACUCCUCUUUCCAAUUUGCCUCCUUUUGUAUACUUUUCAUAUUUCUUAGGCAAUUGCAUUUAUAUUUUAUCUAGAGUUUUAAAUUGCAAUCUCUGGGAAAGAUAAACAUUUAGUCAAAACCAACAGUUUCAGAAUAGAGUCAAGAGUUUUAUUGUCCAUGUGCUUUUCUGUAGAUCUGCCCCUACAUAAGAAGGUUGAUUGUUAAAACAUAAAGCCAACACAUCCAUCAGAGAGAUGCUUGGUUUGACAUCUGUGUUCACACUCUAGCAUCCUGUGUUCUUCUUUGAAGUUUAUCAUUCUGACAAAGAUGAGGAAUGUCUCAAUGGUGACCAAGUUUAUUCUGCUGGGCAUCCCGCACACAGAGCGUCUGGAGAGCAUACUCUUUAUCUUGUUUUUGUCCUUCUAUCUCUUCACCCUGAUGGGGAACCUACUCAUACUACUCGCAAUUGUCUCCUCCUCUCGGCUUCACACUCCCAUGUACUUCUUUCUGUGCAAGCUGUCUGUGUGUGACAUAUUUUUCCCUUCAGUGAGCUCCCCCAAGAUGCUGUUCUACCUCUCAGGGAACAGCCGAGCUAUCUCCUAUGCAGGCUGUGUGUCCCAGCUCUUCUUUCACCACUUCCUGGGCUGCACUGAGGGCUUCCUGUACACCGUGAUGGCCUAUGAUUGCUUUGUGGCCAUAUGUUACCCUCUGCGCUACAGAGUCAUCAUGAGUCACAGAGUAUGUGCAAUCCUGGCCAUGGGAACCUCUUUUUUUGGCUGUAUUCAGGCCAUAUUUCUAACAACUCUCACCUUCCAAUUGCCCUACUGUGGGCCCAAUGAAGUAGACUCUUACUUUUGUGAUAUCCCAGUGAUGGUGAAGCUGGCCUGUGCAGAUACCUCAGCCCUGAAGAUGGUGGGGUUCAUCAGUGUGGGCCUCAUGCCCCUCGGCUGCUUCCUUCUCAUCCUCACCUCCUAUAGCUGCAUUGUCUUCUCUAUUCUUCAAAUCCGCUCUGCAGAGGGCAGACGCCGUGCCUUCUCCACCUGCAGUGCCCAUCUCACUGCCAUCCUCCUUGCCUUUAUGCCAGUGGUUCUCAUCUACCUGCAGCCCACUCCUAACCCCUCUCUUAAUGCAGCUGUUCAGAUCCUGAAUAACCUGGUUACUCCCAUGCUGAACCCCUUGAUCUACAGCCUAAGAAACAAGGAAGUGAAAUAUUCUCUGAGGAAAGUGCUACAGCAGCUGGACUUACUUUCUGAGAAGUGA